GCCGCCAGCGGCAGCCUCGCACAAGGAAAAGCGCGCACGCACGCACACACACGGGCGCGCACACAUGCAGCCAGAAACACGCAGCGCGAGCUAGGCAAAAAGCUGCUCCGGUAUUGUUAUCCUUGGGAGCGAGCGGAGGCGGCGGCGGCUGUUACCGCUGCUCGGGGGAGACUUAGAAAAGUGAAGGAGGCAAAAAAUAAAAUAAAAUAAGGGAGUCGGGACGGAGCAUGCAGAAGCAGCUUAGCCGGCAUCCGAGCAGCGGUGCCAAGGCACAGUUGGGGACGUACUAAGAAGGGGACCGACUGCUUCAAGUCGCCGGCGAAGGCAGCCUGAGAAACAGGAAGCGGGGCUUUAUUCCAAGAAGGAGCCGCUACCCCCCACCCGCCCCGGAUUUUAGAUUGAGUAUUCCCGCUGCCUUUUGUGUGCGCGGACCGUCGCCGGUACCCAGGACGCGAGGGGAGAGGGAUAAGGAGCCGAGCUGCCGCUGACCUACAGCCCAGUCGCCUUUUUCCCUCGAGACCAGCCCUGCCGAUCCUCCGCCAGCCCCUCCUGCCUUUCUCUCUUCUCACCUUGGCCCAAGGCGGCCGAGCCUCCCUCCCCGACCCGCGGACUUUUCGCCCCGCUGAAGCUCUCUCCCGUUUUGUGCAUCUCGCCUCUCUCCCCUGCCUUCGCCUCCAUGUGCCGGAAAGCUGGAACGCCGCCUCGGAUCUGGCCGUCGCUGCUCUGGCUCGUACUGGCGGCCCUGCAGCAGGCACCUAUAAAGGCAACUUGUGAAGAAGGCACAUUAUGCAAGACUGGAUUUCCUGAAGACAUUUACAAUGCAGUCAUAUCCAAGGGAGUAAACGAAGGACAGCCUCUUCUUAAUGUAAGAUUUAGAAACUGUGAAGCAAGCAGAAAAGUCCAUUUUGAAAGCAGCGCACCAGCAGAUUUCAGAAUUGGUGAAGAUGGUGUGGUAUAUGCAGCUAGAAGCUUUCAGCUUUCUCCAGAACCCACUGAAUUUUUCCUGUAUGCCAGUGACAAAGAAACAAAGGAACAGUGGCAAGUGAUCAUAAAACUAGGUCUUGAUCCAAAGGAUACCAUAAAGGAACAAAAGAAAAUGGAAGACAUUGUAUUUCCUAGACAACAAAAUAAACACAGCGGCCAUCUGCAAAGGCAGAAGAGAGAUUGGGUUAUCCCUCCAAUCAAUUUGCCAGAAAACUCCAGAGGGCCGUUUCCUCAGGAAUUAGUUAGGAUCAGAUCUGAUCGUGAUAAAAGCCUUUCCCUGCGAUACAGCGUUACUGGUCCAGGUGCUGAUCAGCCUCCAACUGGCAUCUUUAUCAUCAAUCCCAUUUCAGGUCAACUAUCAGUGACAAAACCAUUAGAUCGGGAGCAAAUAGCUUCUUUUCAUCUAAGGGCACAUGCCGUAGAUGUAAAUGGAAAUCAGGUGGAAAAUCCCAUUGAUAUUGUUAUUAAUGUCAUUGAUAUGAAUGAUAAUAGACCUGAAUUCCUACAUCAGGUUUGGAAUGGGACAGUCCCAGAAGGAUCAAAACCAGGCACCUAUGUGAUGACUGUCACUGCUAUUGAUGCUGAUGAUCCCAACGCUUUGAAUGGAAUGCUGAGAUACAGAAUCUUGUCACAAGCCCCAAGCACCCCUUCUCCAAAUAUGUUUACAAUCAACAACGAAACAGGUGACAUUAUCACAGUUGCAGCUGGACUUGACAGAGAGAAAGUACAACAGUAUACAUUAAUAAUUCAAGCUACAGAUAUGGAAGGAAAUCCAACAUACGGUCUUUCAAAUACGGCAACUGCUAUCAUCACAGUGACAGAUAUCAAUGACAAUCCCCCAGAGUUCACAGCCAUGAUUUUCUAUGGUGAAGUUCCUGAAAACAGAGUGGAUGUUAUAGUAGCUAAUUUAACUGUGACAGAUAAAGAUCAACCACACACGCCUGCUUGGAAUGCAGUAUACAGAAUGACAAGUGGCGAUCCUUCAGGCCGGUUUACCAUUCUUACUGAUCCAAAUAGCAAUGACGGGUUGGUAACUGUUGUGAAGCCUAUUGAUUUUGAGAGCAAUAGGAAGUUUGUACUGACUGUAGCUGCAGAAAACCAAGUGCCUUUGGCAAAAGGAAUACAGCAUCCUCCUCAGUCCACAGCCACUGUAUCCAUUACAGUUAUUGAUGUGAAUGAAAGCCCAACUUUUGUCCCAGUCACAAAGCUUAUACGUCAGGAGGAAGGGAUUCUUCCUGGGGCUGUUUUAACAUCAUUUACAGCUCAGGAUCCAGAUCGUUACAUGCAACAGACUACUUUAAGAUAUUCAAAACUUUCAGAUCCAGCCAAUUGGUUGAAGAUUGAUCCAAUUAAUGGUCAAAUAACAACAACUAGUAUUCUGGACAGAGAAUCACCACAUGUGAAAAAUAAUAUGUAUAAUGCUACUUUUCUUGCCACCGACAGUGGGAUCCCAUUAAUGAGUGGGACUGGUACACUUCAGAUCUAUCUGCUUGACAUCAAUGACAAUGCUCCCCGAGUGGAUCCUCAAGAAGCUACAACAUGUGAAACACUACAGCCCAAUGCAACAAAUAUCACAGCAAUAGAUGAUGAUAUUGAUCCAAAUGCUGGACCAUUUGCAUUUGAGUUGCCAAAUUCUCCUCCCAGUGUUAAGAAAAAUUGGACUAUUGUUCGCAUUAGUGGUGACCGCGCCCAGUUGGCUUUAAAGAUCAGGUUCUUGGAGGCUGGAAUAUAUGAUGUUCCAAUAAUAAUAACAGAUUCUGGAAAUCCUCCCAAGUCUAGCACUUCUAUUCUGAAGGUGAAAGUUUGUCAAUGUGAUUUAAAUGGAGACUGUACAGAUGCUGACAGGAUUGUUGGUGCAGGACUAGGCACGGGUGCCAUCAUUGCAAUUCUUCUCUGCAUCAUCAUACUACUUGUUCUAGUUCUAAUGUUUGUGGUUUGGAUGAAACGCCGUGAUAAAGAACGUCAGGCCAAGCAGUUACUCAUAGAUCCAGAAGAUGACGUGAGAGAUAAUAUUCUCAAAUAUGAUGAAGAAGGUGGUGGAGAAGAAGAUCAGGACUAUGAUUUAAGUCAGCUCCAGCAACCUGACACUUUAGAACCAGAUGCCAUCAAACCUGUUGGAAUAAGGCGACUUGAUGAAAGACCUAUUCAUGCAGAACCCCAAUAUCCAGUUAGAUCAGCAGCUCCUCACCCUGGAGACAUUGGAGACUUCAUUAAUGAGGGACUUAAAGCUGCAGACAACGACCCUACAGCUCCUCCAUAUGACUCUCUUCUAGUCUUUGACUAUGAAGGAAGUGGUUCCACCGCUGGAUCUUUGAGCUCCCUCAACUCUUCAAGUAGUGGUGGCGAGCAAGACUAUGAUUAUCUAAAUGACUGGGGUCCACGUUUCAAGAAACUUGCUGAUAUGUACGGGGGAGGUGAUGACUGAAUGCCAUAGUGGCCAGCGUUGCAUUUGGACAAGUACAAACCUUUUCACUGGUAUUCCCAACAAGCGUACAGAAGCUAGGCUUUAACUUUGUAGUCUACUAGCACAAGUGCUUGCUGAAGGCUUUGGCAUAGGCUGCAAACCUAUUUGGGCUCACUGGGAAUAUCAGUCAUCCAAUGCUGUUUGGAAAAAAAAGGAAAACAAACAAUUGAGCUCAGUUACACUUGAAUUUUACAGUACAGAAGCACUGGGAUUUUAUGUGCCUUUUUGUACCUUUUUCAGAUUGGAAUUAAUUUUAUGUUUAAGGCUUUAAAUGGUACUGAUUUGUGAAAAAUGAAGAAAAAUCACAUUGGGGAUGGGGAGAAAGUGCAGUCACCAAUAUGCUUCAACAUGCUUUUGUUACAUUGCAUUGCUUUUAUUAAAACAACAAAAUUGAAAAAAACCUCAUGGGAACAUUUUGUUAUUGAGGACAUGUGGGGGAAGAAGGCCAUGAAAAAAAUGUACAAUACUUCUAGUUUUAGAUGCUAGGGUUUUUCACUAAAAUUCUAAAUCUUAUGCAGCUGGUUGCAAAUAAAGGGAGUUUUCAUAUCACCAGUUUGUAGCAGAACUGUUUUUCUUUUCUUAUGAUAGAAUGUUUGACACAUUUUGGUCUUAAUCCAUAUACACAUUUUUUAAAGCAUUUUCCAGUACUUUGUUUCCCACUUCACUGUAAAAAUAUGUGUACAUAAUGUUUUAUUAGCAUAGUCUUUGGGAAGUGCUGAAACUUCCAAACACGUGUAUGUAUUAUUUGGACUAUGGAUUCAGGUUUUUGCAUGUUUAUAUCUUUUGUUAUGGGUAAAGUAUUUACAAACAGGUUGCAAACAAGUGACAUUGAUUCAAUUGUUGAGCUGUAGUUAGAGUACUCAAGGUUUGAGUUUUUUAAAUUAAUUUUUUGUUUGUUUUAUUUGUUUGGGGUGGGCAAAAUGUUCUUAGCACAAAUGUUUUACAUAAUUUGUACCAAAAACAAAUAAACAAAAACUGUGUGAGAGCGAGAGAAAGAAAGGGGAGAGAAAGUGAGAGAGAUAGAGAAAGAAAGACUGAAAAGUCAAGGGGUAGCCUUAUCCUCACGGCUCAAGUAACUACACAGUAUGUUAAACAACCAGAAAGAUGUUUGACAAACAGCUUUGCCUCUGUAUUAUGUACCAGAAUAUAAAUGAUACACCCCUGACCCCAAUGUUCUGAAUAAAAUGCUAAUUUUGGA